AUGUCUGUCGGAACCUUUUCGCUGCCGGCUCUGCCGUAUGCCUACGAUGCCCUCGAGCCCAGCAUCUCGGCCCAGAUCAUGGAGCUUCACCACAGCAAGCACCACCAGACCUACGUGACCAACCUCAACAACGCCCUCAAGACCUAUUCCACGGCCCUCGCCGCCAACGACGUGCCCUCCCAGAUCGCCCUCCAGGCCGCCAUCAAAUUCAACGGCGGCGGCCACAUCAACCACUCCCUCUUCUGGGAGAACCUCUGCCCCGCCUCCUCCCCGGACGCGGACCCCGCCAGCGCGCCCGAGCUGACGGCUGAGAUUGCCAAGACCUGGGGCAGCCUGGACAAGUUCAAGGAGGCCAUGGGCAAGGCCCUGCUCGGUAUCCAGGGCAGUGGCUGGGGGUGGCUGGUCAAGGAGGGGAGUGGGUUGCGGAUCGUGACGACCAAGGAUCAGGAUCCGGUGGUUGGAGGAGAGGUGCCGGUUUUUGGCAUUGAUAUGUGGGAGCAUGCCUAUUACCUGCAGUAUCUCAACGGCAAAGCUGCCUACGUGGACAACAUCUGGAAGGUCAUCAACUGGAAGACUGCUGAGCAGCGCUUCAAGGGCGACCGCGAGGACGCCUUCAAGAUCCUCAAGGCUUCGCUGUAA